CGGUCGGCCCCCAUUUACAGCGGACGUUGUAGAGAACUAAUUUAAAAAAGUGAAUUCUCAAUUAAAACGUUAUUAAAAUUUAAAAUGAACCCGUUCAUGUUAAUAUCGGUGUUGAUGACCGCGUAUCUUUGCGUUGUGGAAGGCCAGUUGCCAUGUACGACGCCGUCGGGUGGUGCCGGUAAAUGCAUCUCUCUGUAUGACUGUAGCGAACUUUACACUAUCGUGAAAAACCCUAAUAGAUCUCAAACAGAUAUUGAUAACUUGAAACAAUUUAGCUGCGGAUUUGAGGGAAAAACACCAAAGGUAUGCUGUCCAGUAGCUGAAACAAAUAGAUCAUGUCUAACGCCGAACCUCCAGCAGGGAGAGUGCAUAAGCCUCCACUCUUGUGAACACCUCAUGAAUUACCUCAAUUCUCCUAUCUCUCGGGAAACUAUUAUUCUCAUCCACAAUUUAAGAUGUGAAGGCGACCAUCCCGUAAGCGUGUGCUGCAGUCGUCCGCCAAACCUGAAACCUGAACCUAAUUCAGAUUGUAAUAGUGCUACUGCGCCUCUUGACCCUGCUUCAGGAUGUUGUGGGCAGGGCAAAUUGGACGGAGAUCGGAUUAUUGGCGGCAACGUAACAGACGUAGACGAUUAUCCGUGGUUGGCCCUCAUCGAGUACUCGAGGAACAACAAGAUCAUGCUUCUUUGCGGAGGGACUCUCAUCAGCAAUCGAUAUGUACUCACAGCUGGACAUUGCGUAGCUGGGGCCGUAUUGCAAUUUGGUACUCCUCGUAGCGUUCGUCUCGGCGAAUACGACACUUCAAACAACAUUAGUGAGGAAGACUGCGCAACCGUUAGCGGAGGUGGUGUAGAUUGUACCGAAGGCGCGAUCUCCAUACCAAUUGAAAAGAUCAUCCCACAUCCAAACUACAAGUCUAAGACCAAGAAAAAUGAUAUUGCUUUGCUCAGGAUGGCUAAACCUGCGCCUUAUUCCGAUUUUGUUCGUCCCAUCUGCCUACCAACAUCCGAUAUGACUUUAUCACCGCCUUCCAAUUGGCACUUGAUUGCGUCUGGGUGGGGCGUCAAUGAGACUGUCCCAAGUAACUUAAAGUUGGAUGUGGAUUUACCUUUUGUGCCACGUUCUGUUUGCCAAUCUGCAUACAGCGGCCGAACUGACCUCUCGCAAGGUCAAAUGUGCGCUGGUGGUGUGAAAGGUAAGGAUUCCUGCAAAGGAGACUCAGGAGGCCCUCUCAUGUGGGAGAACCCUAAUAAAAAUAAUAUCUUUGAAAUCGUGGGAGUAAUCAGCUUUGGGUCAACACCUUGUGCAAUAGAAAAUGUGCCUGGUGUUUAUACGAAGGUGUACGAAUAUAAUUCCUGGAUCCGUCAGACUAUGAAACCCUAAGAUUUUAAAUUGCGAUUUUUACUAUUGAAUUUGAAUUCGUCUUGACUAGUUAUUACAGAAAUUCACCUGUUCCACUCUAACCCACUAAGCAAAUCCGUUAAUUUGCGUGUUGCAAUGGAUUGACAUUGGGUUUGAAAGAAAUAAUUUCGUCUGUUUAUACAAAUAUCUCCUGGCAGUGGCGGAUUUGCCCUAAGGCACAGUAGGUUCGGGCCUAGGGCGGCCAAUCGUGACAAAAAAUUCACUGAUGAUAACAAGAAAUAACUCAAAGUACCUAAAUAUUCUAAAGGCUCACGCACGUUAUGGCGGGCCGCACUGCACUGAACGGACGCUGGUACUGACUACAUGGUCUGACGCCUAGGGCGGUCAAGACUGUAAAUCCGCCACUGUCCCCUGGGGUCGAUAUUUGUGCGACAAAGAAAAUAUCACAGAGAAAUUUGAAAAAACUUCACGCUGGCGAAGUCCUUAAAAGGACUGGAAGAAGUUUCGGUAAUUUCAAUUAAAAAAAAAAGAUAUUAACAGCUUUGGAUCUAAGUAUGAGCAAUUAUUUAUCGUUUAUGUUUUGAAAUACAAUCGAUUAAAACGGAAAAUUAGUAUUAGAGAUUUCAAAAUCUUUCCAUUGGGUUACUAGUUCUCUAUGUACGUUCGUUCAUUACGUUAGUUCUAUAAGUACGGAGUUUAUUUACUAUAGCGAUUUUAGUGACCUUAUGUGUGAAGUAUGUAUCCACACAAGAAACCAAAUACUGUCGCAGUUCAAAAAUGAUGGAAUUGAAAAAAAUACAAUUUGAAAGUUCAAACAGUUACUUCUCUUUUUUGUUCAUAUUUUCAAAUCGUGUUUUCUCAAUACCAUCAAGUUUAAGUUACGACAGUAUAUUGUUUUAUGUGUGACAUUGAGGUCUUAUUAUUAUUUCCUUAUGGCGGUCACGAUGUCAGUUAAUAUUGAUCAAGAACACCGUUUAGGCA